AAAUGUAAAUGAUACAAAUUCUAUACUGCUUGACAGAUAGGAUUUCUAAAGAAUGAUAACCACUGCUUUCUUAUCUGUCAGCUUAUUUUAGACUCAUUCUUAAAGGCACUGAUGUCCAAUGGAGGCUUCUGUUAUGAUGGAAAUGCUCUAUGUUUGUACUGCCAAUAUAGCUAUUGAGUAAUGAAAAUGUGACUAAGAAAUGAUCCUAGGUAAUUGAUAGAUCCUGUGGUUCAACUGGAUUUCUAGAUAGAAGCUGGAUUCAUGUGAUGCCAGAGGAGUAAAAUUUCAAGAGACUGAAACCAGAUCUGAGUUUUGCUGUUCCAGCCUGGACCUCUUUGGUGCUGUAAAUCCUGGAUAUACAGUAGAUGAGUACUGCGUUUUUCUUUUAUGGACUCUCUUCAGCUUCUGGAGACCUCACUAUCCUCUUAUGUCUUUGUGUGAAGACAUGCUGCUUUGUAAUUAUCGAAAGUGUCGCAUCAAACUCUCUGGCUAUGCAUGGGUCACUGCCUGCUCUCACAUCUUCUGUGAUCAGCAUGGCAGUGGUGAGUUUAGUCGCUCACCAGCUCUCUGUCCUGCCUGCAACAGUACCCUUUCUGGAAAGCUAGAUAUUGUCCGCACAGAACUCAGUCCAUCAGAGGAAUAUAAAGCUAUGGUACUGGCAGGACUGCGACCAGAGAUCGUGUUGGACAUUAGCUCCCGAGCACUGGCCUUCUGGACAUAUCAGGUACAUCAGGAACGUCUCUAUCAAGAAUACAAUUUCAGCAAGGCUGAGGGCCAUCUGAAACAGAUGGAGAAGAUAUAUACUCAGCAAAUACAAAGCAAGGAUGUAGAAUUGACCUCUAUGAAAGGAGAGAUCACCUCCAUGAAGAAAGUACUAGAAGAAUACAAGAAAAAGUUCAGUGACAUCUCUGAGAAACUUAUGGAGCGCAAUCGUCAGUAUCAAAAGCUCCAAGGCCUCUAUGAUAGCCUUAGGCUACGAAACAUCACUAUUGCUAACCAUGAAGGCACCCUUGAACCAUCCAUGAUUGCACAGUCUGGUGUUCUUGGCUUCCCGUUAGGUAACAACUCCAAGUUUCCUUUGGAUAAUACACCUGUUCGAAAUCGGGGCGAUGGAGAUGGAGAUUUUCAGUUCAGACCAUUUUUUGCGGGUUCUCCCACAGCACCUGAGCCCAGCAACAGCUUUUUUAGUUUUGUCUCUCCAAGUGGUGAAUUAGAGCAGCAGCAAGUUUCUAGCAGGGCCUUCAAAGUAAAAAGAAUUUGAGCCAUGCAUGGUGUCACACACCUGUGAUCCCAGCUACUUAGGAGGUUGAGGCUGGGAGGAUCACUUGAGCCCAGGAGUCUGAGGCUAUAGUGAUCUAAGAUCAUGCCACUGCACUCCAGCCUGGGCAACAGAGUGAGACCCUGUUUCUACAAAAAAAAUAAAGAUAAUUUAGCUAACUUUA